GUAAAUGAGUGGGGUUUAUUCUAUUUAGUAAUACUUUGGUGAAAUUCCCACCCCUGUCCUGUUCGUGGGUAAAGCCUUUGUUUACUUUAUCGCAUGUGUGUAGAAGCGUUAUCUGUUGAUGGCAGUAUUGUUACGCAAGUGUUAUUUUCCAUGGAGAUACCUAAAUAUGUGCAAAUUAACUUUUUAUUUAUAUAACCGUUACCACCGUGUCCGUAAAGAAGUUUAAGUGAAGGUAUGGCUGAACUGUGUUACUGAGGGUAGCCUCCCAUUAUUAUAUAUUUGGAGGAGACCUUCCACAUUUCAUAGGUAACACAAUGAGCUCACCUCCCAUACCUGUACCUACUUCAGGUUCCAGGCACUCUGCAUUUGAAUCUCAGUCCCAUAGUCAUCCGAAUGAUUCUGGAAACAAACUUGUGCUAUCUCCUGGUACAGCAAACAGAAAUCCAGAUGACAAGAAAUCUAGGCGAACAAGUCUACAAGUUCUUUUACCAAAACUGCCCUCUAGUGAAUCUCUCAACUAUGGUCCAAGUUCUCCAGGUGUUAUAAAUUGGCUUGAUAAUAGUGCAAAAGCUGACCAUCCUUCACCAGAUAAGCUCCACACACCAGACACAGAUAAACUCACGAGAAAGGAAUCUUACAAGGCUCAACGAAAGAAUUACUGCCGUGAAAAAAAGAGGGUGGCAAAUGAGCUACUUAGCUCACUUAAAGAUCCAUCUGUCAUUGUUUUGGCUGACUGGCUGAAAGUUAGAGGAACACUUAAAAGCUGGACAAAGCUGUGGUGUAUUCUGAAACCUGGGCUGCUACUGCUGUAUAAAAGCCCCAAAACAAAAAGUAACCAUUGGGUUGGGACAGUUCUUCUCAAUACUUGCCACGUUAUUGAAAGACCAUCAAAGAAAGAUGGAUUCUGUUUCAAGCUCUUUCAUCCCUUGGAGCAGUCCAUAUGGGCACCUAGAGGACCAGAAAAAGAAACAAUAGGUGCAGUAGUUCAACCACUACCAACAGCUUACUUAAUCUUCAGAGCACCUUCUCAGGCUGCUGGAAAGUGUUGGUUGGAUGCUUUGGAAUUGUCUUUGCGAUGUUCAUCCUUGUUAGUACGCUCGAUGAGCUCCAAAUCGUCAGGAGUUCAGGACACCACAGCCAAUCAUGAGACACAGUGGAGUGAGGCUGAUUAUGAAAAGCACUUUACAGACCAUGAUUUGGAUGACAUCAGCCAGCCAGAUGUUGGAGGAGUUGGCGAUCAUCUCAGUGGAGCAGAGCAGGGGUCCUUGUCCGAGUCAGAUUCAGAAGCAUCUGUCAAAAAGGAGGAGUCACAUGAAGCAGAAGGAGAGCCACUUGAAACUACUUAUUUACAUCAUGGUGAAGUGGAGGAGUUUGGCAGUGCAGGGGAGCAAGUGGAAGAACUUCCUGAGGAACACAAGUCCCUUAUCUGGUACCUCGUGAAGCAGGUGCGGCCAGGCAUGGACCUCUCCAAAGUAGUGCUUCCCACAUUUAUUUUGGAGCCGCGGUCGUUCCUGGAUAAGCUGUCAGACUCGUACUACCAUGCUGACAUUCUCUCAAAGGCUGUAAUGGAAGAUGAUGCAUUCACUAGAAUGAAAGGAAUUGUCAAGUGGUACCUCUCAGGCUUCUACAAGAAACCAAAAGGUCUGAAGAAACCUUACAAUCCAAUCCUGGGAGAAACAUUUCGGUGCUACUGGAAGCAUCCUGAUGGAUCUAGGACAUUUUAUUUGGCUGAACAGGUCUCUCAUCAUCCACCAGUUUCUGCAUUUUAUGUGACAAACCGGCAAGAUGGUUUCUGCAUCAGUGCAUCUAUAUUAGCAAAAUCUAAAUUUUAUGGCAACUCUACUUCAGCAAUUCUAGAUGGUGUGGCUUUGCUUACCUUAUUGCCUCGCGGUGAAGACUACAGUAUAACCAUUCCCUAUGCGCACUGUAAAGGCAUCCUCAUGGGCACCCUCACAAUGGAACUAGGAGGGAAGGUUGUCAUUGACUGUGAGAAAACUGGUUAUAAAACUGAAAUUGAAUUUAAAUUGAAGCCAUUUCUUGGAGGUGCAGAACAAACUAAUACAAUAUCUGGUCGACUGAAGUUGGGAAAGGAAACACUUGCUACUAUAGAGGGAUACUGGGAUGGUAGCAUAUUUAUUAAAGACAGAAGAACAGGGGAAGAGCAGCUGUUUUGGAAACCAACCCCAGAAGUACGUUCCCAGAGACUCAAACGGUUCACAGUGCCAGUGGAUCAGCAGGGAGACUUUGAGUCAGAACAGUUAUGGCAACAUGUGUCAGCAGCAAUUGCUCGAGAUGACCAGGUUGCAGCAACAGAGGAAAAGACUGCUUUAGAGGAAGCCCAGCGUGCAGCAGUUAAAGAACGCAAAAUUAAAUGUGUGGAAUGGAUUCCAAAAUAUUUUGAACAGGAUCUUAUUUCGGGUCAGUGGAUGUACAAGCAUGCAGAUCUUCGCCCGUGGGAUCCUCGCAAUGAUGUGUGCCAAUAUGAAUAUAACUAUGUAAUUCAAACCAAGACACGGCAUCAGACACCCAUGAUCAGGACUGCAAGUAUAGUGAGUGUGGAUCCACAGACAGUGGUUCCAUUAUUGCAGACAGAGUCCAGAUCUUCCAUUUCUGCACUCAAGUCUUCCAAGCAUCAUCUCUCCUCAAAAGUGGCAACAGUGGAGAGGCAAGACAGUGCUAGUUCAUCUCCAGAUGGAGAAUUCCGCAGUGACUCUAGCCAGUCGGAAAAUGAGUCUCGCUCACAUUCUCACACCUGCUGUAGGACUAACUCCAGACUGAAUGAAGCUGUGACUAGUUUGGAAAACACAUUACAAGACCAUGGAGAGAAGCUAGGUCGCAUUCAGCGGGGUUUGGAACACUUAGCAAAAGUUCAGCGAGAGAAGAAUACAGAGAAGCAGUCUGUUUCCAGCUUUGGUUUCAGUCAUGAACUAGUGUUUACAGUUGUUAUGGUGGUCAUACUUCAGUCUCUCCUUGCCUGGUUAUUCUGCCACAAAUAGGUCUGGUUUAUGGCUGUCCAUUUUUCUGUUGUGUACAGUGUGAUUGUGUGAGUGGUAUAAUGCACAUGUGAAAUGUAAUAUUAAGCUGUUUAUCAUUUUGCAUGACUAAUGAUACAUCACAUAUUUGUACACAUACAAUAAGUAUAAUUGUUUCCUUGAACCUUAAUAUCAGAAUGCAUGCUUCACACAUGUUAUCACCUGUGCAUUAAUCAUUGUUUUUAUUGUAUAAUGAGAUCAAUGAAUUUGCCAUAUUUUCACUGAACCAACUUUUGUAUAAUAUAAAAUUUGUAAAUGAAGACUUCUUUUAUGCAGAGAGUGAAUCAAAGUAAGGCUUAAGUGUUAAAGUUAAUAUACUUUGUAUGGAAAGUAUAUGUGCAGUUGAUAUUUGGCACAUAGAAAGAAACCUUGUGAAUGUAUAAUGCAUUUAUUUACACAUUAUUUUUUCAUAUAAUUUGUGUUAUUUGAAAUAGAUAACUUUUCUUAAUCAUGAGUUAACUUUUAUAUUUAACCCCUCCCUUUCUCUGAUAAAAUGUUGCAUACUUAUUUUCUUUCAAAGAUGAGGAUUUGUUUUGUUCUCAUGGAUCAAAAUGGAACUGUAAAUAUAAAAUAUUUAAUGGCUGAGAAACAGUUCAAACUCUGUCUGUAGGAAUUAAAUGUAAGCUUGCAGGGUUUCGUGAUAUGACUAUAAAUAUUUUGUUUUCGAUUAUCUUUUGUUAAUGUUGGGAGAUUGUAUUCAUUGCAACCUUUUAUUUUCUUACUUGAAGCAUUGCUAAUUCUGAUUUUAUUGUUUAUGAGGUUCAAGGCUGUGAACUAAUCUCUAUUACAAGUGAUACAAUGAGUUUAUUACAUUAUAAAAAGUUUUCUAUGCAUUAAGAAUCAAACUGCAUGAAUUUUGUACUGGCUGCCUCUUGAUUCUGUCUGCAUGUCACAUUUAUUCUGUAUGUAGUAAAUAAGUUCACACAGUGAGUACCUUAUAAUGAAAUCUUGUUUUAUUUUAAAAACUGUACAUGGUUCAUGUUGAAUUUCAUCACUGUCAAAUUUUCACCCAUCUGAGCAAAUCCAAUACAAGAAUACCAUAAGUAUGUUUUAGAAAACACACACACACACAUAUUUAUAAGGAGAAUUAUAAAUAAUUAUGUUAGUAAAUCAUGUACUGAUGAUUAUGUUUUCUUACAUUCCAGUACCAGAAUGAUUAUUUACUUUCUCAGUUGUAAUAAAUAUUAAAAAUUCUAUAUUCAUUCUGGUGGAACAAUUAAAGGAUUGGACCCUGAAGAUGGCUAUAGCAUAUUCCCCCAGCUAGAACACUAGAAGCACGAUGGUCCAGAAAACUACGAUCUGGAAUAUUAAAUUUUGUACGUAGGAGAUGUGUAUUCUUUUAUAAUACAGGGUAAGUCAAAAGUAGCUGCACAACUUUGGAGAACUGUUACCUGCAGCCAAAAUGUGCUGAUGUCAACAGAUAUCUAUAGAGCGUAACCUCAAGUUUCAUUUGUCUGUUGUAGUUCUUCACAUUGCCGCUGAGAGCGCUUGUGAAUUGUGGAAAACACAAUUGAGACUUAUAGUGGUGAGGAAAGAGCACAAUGUGUGUUCUGGUUCGAUCCAACAAAUUCUCUUCCGUAAUUCUAUAAGAUCGUUGGGUGAUGGUGGGUGGUAAACGUGACCCUUAAUGUAUCCCUACAGGAAAAAUCUGCUGGUGUGAGAUCUGGUGAACGAGGUGGCCAAGCGAUUGGACCUGCUCGCCUAAUCCAUUGACCUGGGAGAUGGAGAUCCAAACAUGCUCUGACAUCUGUAUAGAAGUGAGGAGGUGCACCAUCUUGCUGAAAUUGAGUUGCACUCUUCGUUUGUUCGAACCAGAACACAUUUUGUCUGCAGGUAAUGUGGUUAGAGUUCUCCAAAGUUGUGCAGCUACUUUUGACUUAUCCUGUAUUGAAAGGAUUAAAGGAAUGGAAGACGAAAAGAACAGAAGUUUUUUUCUUCUCUCUUGAAAUUAAAAGCUUAAUUCGUGUGUGAUUUGCAUAAUUUGUUUACUUAUAUAUGCUGUGUGUAGUUGUUAUAUGAGUUAACUUUACAAUGCCACUUUUGAGAGAUGAAGUUAUGAAGUAAAAAUUAAUCACAAUAUGCUAUGAAUAAGGAAGUAAUAUUUUGAAACUGUCAUUGCAGUUCCACAUUCAGGGACAAUCACAGUAAAAGUGUUCAUUAUUUUCUACGUUAUGCAUUUUCCUAACACCUGCCAUAUGCAGCUGUGAUUUCUUUUUGGUGUCACUGUAACCUCUUUACAGCAUUCCAUUUGUCUAGUUCAUAUUAGAUAUGUUAUUAAAUUUUAUAGCAUCAUGUUUACUGUUAAUACUGUGAUUAAUAGGCUAGAAAUUUAAAUAUCCUUUGAUGCUGCACUGGCAAAAUGUUAUGGUGGCUGUGAAAAUAUAGAGAGAGAGGGAUUAAAAUAUGCAACAGAGCUGUGUCACAUGUGCAUUAAUUCACCUUUAUAACGUAUUUUCCUAAUGUAAUUAACCCUUUGUAUGCCAGUGAAUGAACUGAACUAUUGAAACAGGAUCUGCUGUACUUGUCAUCUGAUGUGACGUGCUUCAAGAUUUGUUACAGCAUGUAAUAUUAUUAUGAUGCAAAACCAUGCAAAAUAUUGUACUUUCAGCUUUUUUUUAGUCUUGGGUGUACAAGUUCCUCUUGUAAGCAUUCUUCAGCUUUUACUCUGUAAUUUCUGUUUGUUGGUUAUUUUGUAGUCAUGAGAUUUUAGGUUCUCAUGAUGACAGUAUGAAGAUGAUGGCCUGGGAUAUUGCCCCAUAUGGUCUGAUAGAAGCUGGCUGAUAUUUCAGAGUUGCUUACUGCCUCCAUCAUCAGGGUGACAGGAAACUGUCUUCUUUAUUUUGCAGGCUUUUCCCUCCAUAAAAUGUACUAAUUUUUAUGUGCAUGUGUGUCAUUGUAACCACAAGUGGGUUGGCAGGUAAUAUAAAAUAUGGAAUUUAUUAUUCUGUUUUUAUAGUUUUUGUAGAAAAUGUGUUGUUUUCUCAGUGGUUCUAGUAUAGUGUACUGUCUUGUAUAUUCAGGACAAUCAGGAGUGAAACUUUUAGUGGUAUUUUGGUGUGUAUUAUUUUAAUCCAGUUUGCUAAAGGAAGAAACUGUAAGGUUGAAAGAAGGCAUAUUAGUUGUUGAUAAAACAAAAUGUAGCUUGCAUAAUUAUUGCAGUACAAUACAGUGCAGUUGUCUGCACAAAUUGUAUACACUACCAUUCAAAUACCUCAUCCAUGACAUCAGUUCAUUUAAAAAAUCAAAUUUAAUCUGGUAGGGGUCAGUGUUCUUUAAAAGAAUUUCUUCAGUCUUAAUUUUUAUUAAGUUUUUCAGUUGUUUCCUACACUGAUUUUAAAGAAUUUACAGCUCAUAUCUACACAGGGUGCAAGGAGAGAGUUUUAUUUUGUACUUAACUCUACCUUCACACAGUAAAAUUUUCUGAAUAAAGCUCUGGAUACCAAAAUCUUGCUUUUACAUCUGAGUUUUAUAUUUGUGUGUUUAUGAGUUGGCAGUUAUAAAUAAGCAGUGCAUUUGAAUAGAACUUAAAACAAAUCAUUCAGUUAGUCUGUUAGUGUACUAAAAGAUGUUUGAUCUGUAUCACUCACUGUUCGUCACUUGUUUUUAUACCUGUUUUCUGCUCCGAUUAUGUUGCUGAAUGCAUAGGAUCUGGGUAUUAAACUAAAUUGAGUGCAAUAAUAAGAACUCAUGGUACCCAUGCCUACUUGCAAGGCAUAUACAUUUUCAAAUUAUUUAUUACUAAUAUAUGGCCUGUACAAAAAAUUGGCAGGUUAUGACCUGUUCAGCCAAGGCUCAAUUUCUGGCAGUAUUUUUUGGUAAAUUUGCUCUUUACCAGUACAUCUAGAACACACCUAUAUCUUGUCCAAUGAGAAUGGAGAUAUUGUAGUUUUAACACUCAGUUGAUUAGUGUAGUGAAAACACUGUAGACUUGCAUUGUGAAGUACCUUGCUUGGCUCUUGAGCAGGUUACUGGCAAUCCUGAUUGAGGUUUUUACAUGAUUUUCCACAGUGUUUCCAAGCAAGUAUUUGAUUAUUUGGAAGUAGACCACAGUAAUCUUCUCACUCCUUACUUACCCAUCAUUCAUGAUCAUAUUCAAAUUGUACACCAACUGCAGUUUAAAAGUGACAACCAAAUUUAUAUUUAUUAUUAUAAGGAGAAUAUUAUACCAUUGUUCAAAAUGUGUGCUUUUGUAUGUAAAGUGAUGAGUGGACAUUUCAUGUUAAUGGUACACUUCGAUAUGAAACAUUCCAAAUAUCCAUGUUCACUUUCAUUGUGAGUUGGAAUGGAAAUCCUAUCCUUUUUGUUCCAUCUGCCAACUUCACCGAGUGCUCAUAGCUAUAUCUGGAGAAGACAUAAACCACAAACAUGUACCUUGUCUUGCAUGAUGUUCUCUAGCCUUGGAGGUGAUGCAUUGUCAUAUUCAUGAAGCAGUGGUACGUAAAUAAGCAACAUGGUUCCAUGUGAAUGUAGUUGUGUAUACAAUUUUUGUAGAUGAUUAAAUUGUGUAUGCUUCAUAUUGCAUUACUUUGAAGUAAGUAGCAGUGAUUCAGACAUGUUAACUGUAUUUUGUUUAGAGUUACUUUAUAGAAGUGGACACAUUUAUAUAACUAUUUGAUAUUUCUAGGAGUAAUAUACCAUUCCAUAUGUAAAAAGAAAAUGUAUGUAGGAAACAUAAAAUUAUAAACAUAUUUAUUAGUGAAUACUGUUUACUUUCAUGCAUAAGUAAGUAUUUUGAAUAAAUUGUUAACCACUAAGGCUUUACUGUGUAUCUUAUUUAAUUAAGUCCUUUUUGAUGCUGUUAGAAAAGACAGAAGUUAAUAGUUUCUUUACAUUCUAAAAUAUGGGAAGCUGAACUGUGGAUAAAUAUGUAAUCACUCUUGUCCAUAAAUGCAUUAAAAUGGUAGCUUUCUAGGCAGCUGAAGGAUUGUUUAUGAAGAGGGAAAUUAUUACAUUUAAUUUUGUUAAGUUCCUUAACAUUAUAAGAAAUAGCAUGUUAGUUUUAAUUGUUUGCAUUGUACAAACUCAUGACAUUUUUCCAGUCUUGUUUGAAAACAUUAACAUAAAAGUAGUGUAAAACAUUUGUUAUCCCAAACAUAUCAAUGGCAGGUAUAUAUGAACUUGUGAAUGACCAUAAUAUGGUUCUGAUACCAGCCGGAAACCUACAGAUUCACAAAAGAUUAUGAAUCUCCUUAGCAUACUGACAGACAAAUGGAUGAUAUUGUGGAAAUUUGAUAUUUGAAAUAAAUGGUAUUCAUUUCUGAUAGUCAA